AUGACGCCUCAAUGGUCGCCAGGCAGGCUGGGCUUCGCAGCGCGGCGCCUGGUGGUGACCGCUGUGCUGUUCGAAGCGCCUCUCCUCCAGAGCCUGGGCUGCGACUGUGCGUUGGGCGGCCGGCCGAGAGGCCGAGAAGCAUGCGCGCCGGGGGCGCGGCCUGGCCUGCCGGGCUGCUGCUGGCCGUCGUCGCCUGGCUGCUCCUGGUGGGCCCGCAGGCCUCGCGGGCAGCCAAUGUCACCGCCGCCGCGGUCCAGGAGCCCGGCAUGGGCCACGAGGGCGACAGUGAAGGCGAGGUGGACGAGGACACCGAUAACGACACCGAAGUGCCGGAGAACGAGCCCUCGACCGAGGCCGAGGCCCCGGAAGAGGUUCAGAACAGAACAAUAGUCAAAGAAGUAGAAUUUGGAAUGUGCACAGUCACAUGUGGUGUUGGUAUCAGAGAAGUUAUUUUAACCAAUGGAUGCCCUGGAGGUGAAUCCAAGUGUAUUGUUCGUGUGGAAGAAUGCCGUGGACCUGUUGACUGUGGCUGGGGAAAACCAAUUUCUGAGAGUCUUGAAAGUGUUAGACUGUCAUGUGUUCAUAUAUCUCCUGAAAAUCGUUUCAGGUAUAUGUGGAAGCUUCUAAAGGCAGACCAACAACCUGUUAUACUUGCAAAUGAUUCAGCAGUCCUAGAAGUACAAAGAGAACUUCAUCCCAUGGCUUUCGAGUGUGACACCCUGGAUAAUAAUGAAAUAAUAGCGUCUGUUAAGUUCACAGUCUAUACAACAAAUGAACUGCAAAUGAGAAGAGCAACCAGACCAGACACUGAUGCAGUCUUAGUUUUUGUGCUGACCAUAGGAGUCAUUAUCUGCAUAUUUGUGAUCUUCGUAUUGAUCUUCAUCAUCAUAAAUUGGGCUGCAGUGAAAUCAUUCUGGGGGGUGAAAGCUUCAAGUACUGAGAUACAUUCUGAGAUGAGUUCUAUGAGGUACAAAGACUCGACUUCUCUUGACCAAUCGCCAACAGAUAUAGCUACACGUGAAGAAGAUGCCUUAAGUGAAUGGAAUGAAUGAUGUGUGAAUGACAUAUGAGAAACUAAAGACAAUUAGAGAGUAUCAGAUUCAUUAUUAUAAAAAUAAAAUAUAUUUGAAAACAAA